UUUCCUCUUAAGUAAAAUGUUUUUAACAUACAUCGGUUUUCCAGUGCAUUGCAGUUUUAUUUCGAUUGACCAGUUCUCAAGAAAAUGGUGUACAUAAAAUCAACCAUACUAAAUUAACGUGUACCUUCCGAUUUUUUCUGCAAAUAAAGGGUCAUAGCCUUUUAUUUGUAUGUAAUAAAAAGUUGGAUUCGUUUGUUGCAAUCAAUAAUACCACACAGCGCGAAAUUGUAAUUUUCCGGCACGUCCGUGCAAUGCUAGUGAUUCUUCUUUGCCUGUCGUUUUCCAAUGUAGUACAUUCGUCUUACCACAUCAGAGAUAACUCACUCGUUCCUCCAUAUUCAAGCCCUCACUGGGUACCUUAUGGAUCAACGAUUAUUGAACCUCAGUUCGUACGCCUAACUUCCGAUGUAAAAAGUAAUCAAGGAGGUAUUUUCAAUAUAAAACCUUUAUUUGCUCGUGAUUGGGAGGUGGUUAUUUUGUUCCAUGUUCAUAGUCCCAAAACUCUGGUCGGUGAUGGAUUUGCUUUCUGGUAUACUCAACAUCCUCCUUCAAGUGGGCCAGCAUUCGGCAGUCGAGAUAAGUUCCGUGGGUUGGCCGUUUUCUUUGAUACUUACGCUAAUCAAAAUGGUGAGCAUAGUCAUGAGCAUCCUUAUGUCAGUGCAAUGAUUAACGAUGGAUCUAAACACUAUGACCAUGAUAAGGAUGGAACUUUAACUGAAUUAGCUGGUUGUUCAUCUAAUUUUCGUAAUAAUGACUACUCAAUGGCCACAAUUCGUUACGCUAAUAACCAGUUGAAGGUUUCUUUGAAAUAUCAAGGUGCUACAGAUCCUGUAGACUGUUUCACAGUUGACGGAGUACGUUUACCUACUGGCUAUUUUAUUGGAAUCUCAGCCGCUACUGGUGACCUUUCAGAUAAUCACGACAUAUACUCUAUUCAUACUUAUGAACUGGAUAUUGGUCGAAAAGACGAUCCGUUCGCUGACUUUUCUAAAAUUGAACCAUCAGCUGAUCAGGAGGCUGCACCAAGAGCUCGAGUCGAUGAUACUCCACCAUCGAGAUUCAGCCGCGUACUUACAUUAUUUUCUUGGUUAUUCGUAUUUGGAUUUAUUAGUGGUGGUGGAUAUAUGGGCUAUAAAUAUUAUAAGAAGCGUCAAAGGCAAAUGAAGCGAUUCUAUUAGUGAACAAAUUUAAACUGGUUAUCACUAAUUCUUUAAACAAAGCAAACUGUUUCCAUUAAAUGGCCAAUGUAUAUUUGCGGGUAUUAGAAACUGGAGUCGUGACUACAUCCUUCGUUUUUCUGAAUGUUCAUCCACACAUUUUUUAGAGAUGAUUUUUGUACUUGUUUAUACUACUCCUGGUAAAUUAAAGUGUUAAAUGAGUUAAAUAUUUUUCCUAACCUUAUCAGUAUGACGUUAGUAUUUUUGUGCAUCAAUUCGAUACUGACAGUAGUAGAUCAUAAUUUGUUAAAUGAUACAACGAAUCGCAAUAUUAAUUUUUGUUCUGUCCUUCUGUCUCCUUAUUUUUUAUGCCAAGCAAACUACGCAGAAAUGUUUUCUGUUCUAAAACUUUUAGUUAUUCAUAUUUUCCUUUGUCAAUAAUCGUCAAACACGUAAGAUUUCUAAUUUUUCUUCUGUGAUGGUAAAAAGCCUUACAUGAUUGUGAAAAAUAAAUAUUAUUAUUGCUUUGAUGAAUGUGGAUGUAUAAAAGUGUUAAAUUUGUAUCAGUUUACUUUCAGUGUCAAGUAUUGUUCGAUGUGUCUUUUUUUCUUUCUAGUCACAAGUGAUUUUUGUUUCCUAGCAUUGUUGGCUACUACAUUUGUGGUGGUGUUUCCCCCGAAAAUCCCUCAGUGCAGACUACUUUUUUUGCUUCCAAACAUAUGAAGGAAAUGAUAGUGUCUGUGCGAUACCAAAUAUACCGGUAAAAAAUUUAAAGGUUUAUUGAUGCCUGCUGAGUAAUUACUGUUCUGAUGUAUAUUUAGAAUUAGUUGGUUUAUUCAGAAGUCAUCAUGAUACUGAUUGUUCCCAGCGUUUAAUGCAUUCUUAUUUAUGAAGCAUGAUCUUUUGAAUACCAGGCUUGUGGAAGCACUAUAUAUUUGUACAUUAACUCAGUAAGUAUUUCAGGACUGCUAAAAUGUGCAUGAAUAGUUUGAAGAAAUAAUGAAAAUGCUCAUAAACAUUAGGUCAUUAAUAUUAUACAAACAUUUGACGUUUGGAAAUCGUUGCAAUGGAAUCGGAACCAGUGACCAGCCGUACAACACACGAAUUACUUGUUGUCGCCCUAAAACAUGUUCAUUAGUCCUACGGAGUCAAGAAAGAUCAGAUAUACAGAGUUCAAAAGUUUCCCUGUAGCAUCUAAAUCCACUUCAGUAUUUGAUGCCGUUGGCAACAGCUGAGCGGAUUUGUAUAUCAACAUACAUAAAAACUAAGGUGAACGACGUUCUAAUCUAACUCCCUUAGUUUUUGCCUAGAUUGGAGAUGACACUAAAAUCAGCAAACCAACUUAAUCAGUGCUAAAAUGAUUAGUUGCUGAAAUGUCCGGUAUUUGAUGGAGUAAUGAUUACACAAAUCAGUUGUAAUUUGUCACCUAAUUGUUUGAAUUUAGAACUACAUGCAAAUCAAUAUAGUUUCGUUAAUAAUGUUUUGUUAAGUGGUUAACAGUACAAUUGGGAUGGUUACUAACCUAGAACUCUGAGAUGUGGUUGAAUAUACUAGAUAUGAAUUCCCAAUUAUUUUUGCGAGGUGUGGUUGAAUUUAGUAUUAGUUACCGUAUUUUUGAAGAAAUAGUGUCUCACUAAACUUCCAACUAUCUGUGUUGCUGCAAUGUCAGUGCUGCUGACAAAUUUAAUUGCAUUGAAAAAAAGUUACAUUCAUUGUUCAUGUAGAAUUUUACAACAAUAUCGUGAUGGGUUGGAGUGGUGUGUCAGGAGUAAUGUUGCCAUUGCUUGUUAAUUUACAGUCCUAUAGUUUAUAAUUUUCAGUCGGACUGUCGCACUCGAAAUGUCGUUCUAUGAUUGAUUAGGUCUUAGCUGAUGUUCCACAAAUUAAACAUCUGGUACAACUGGGAUCUUGUUGAUAAAUAUUUGAUAUGAGGCAUUAGAUAGUGAGACGAACUCAUAGCUCCAUGCUGAAAAAAAAGAAAUAUGAGUAACAUUUGAAAAGGUUUUCAAUGACCAACACUUUUAUUUAUGAGAUUAAAAAAGUUAUGUCAAACCAGUGACUCAUUCAUUUAUUUCUAAUAAGUUGGCCACUACCUAAGAUUCUUAAAAUGUUUUUUAGAACAGGGAAUUGGAAUGAAAGAAAUCGACUUUCCAAGAGGAAGUGUGUAUUAAAAUAUGAUAAAAUAUGUCUUGACUUCGUGUGGCUUGCUCUCCAUUAUUAUUUCUAAUCUAAUGUAGUCAGUGCACAGUUUAACAUCUAUCCUUUUGUUUUAAUGUUUAAGUUUUCGGCGUGUCAUGUUAUUAUUUCAGUGUAAGAUUUAUUCAGUAUGGUAUUCUUUUUGUUUAUUUCUCACGGACGUCGUUCACUUUUUAUAUUUCUCUUAUAUGUGAUAUUUGUCCG